AUUUCCUCCUUCCUAGCUAUUCAUCUAUAUCCUGAACUUCAACUAACGGCUUCAGACACGUGCGAAUCCAAAUUAAAAAAUCCAUGGCGCAGCCGACAAGCACUCCGCAACCCGUCACCCACGUCCUCUUUGACAUGGACGGCCUCCUGCUCGAUACAGAACGACUUUACUCAGUGGUAUUUCAAGAAAUCUGUGACCAAUUUGGAAAAAAGUACACGUGGGAUGUAAAAUCCUUAGUCAUGGGAGAAAAAGCAUUGCCAGCUGCUCAAAUUAUCCGCGAUGUUCUUGACUUACCUAUUACUGCUGAAGAAUUAUUGAAUGAAAGUCGCAUUAAGCAAGAACGGAUAUUUCCAACAGCAUCCUUAAUGCCAGGGGUUGAAAAGUUAAUCUACCAUCUGAAUAAGCACAAAAUACCAAUGGCUGUUGCCACUAGCUCAGCCAGGGUGUCAUUUGAAAUGAAAACAAGUAGACACAAGGACUUCUUCAAUCUAUUCCAUCAUAUUGUGUUAGGAGAUGACACGGAUGUGAAAAACGGAAAACCACAGCCUGAUAUUUUUCUUGUGUGCGCAAAAAAGUUUAACCCCUCACCUAGCGUAGAUAAGUGCCUUGUGUUUGAAGAUGCUCCCAAUGGUGUAGAAGCUGCACUGGCAGCAGGUAUGCAAGUAGUCAUGAUUCCUGAUGAAAACCUGAACCCAGCUCUCACAAAGAGGGCAACACAAGUGCUAAAGUCUAUGGAGGAAUUCAAACCAGAAUUAUUUGGUUUGCCAGCUUAUGACUAGUACAUGCUCAAUGUUAAUGCAUAGCUCUCGGUUGUCAAAUUUCUUUGAAUAAAAAAUCAGAACACAA